AGCUGUUUCUUGUCUUCUUCUUGCGACAGCUUAGUGAAUUCGCAUAUUAAUAUUGUUUGGACUAUUAGCAAAUAUUAAUAUUGUAAAACCUAGGUAAAAAUGCACGGUCGUGUCAAGGUGCGAACCACAGAGGAGGAGCGCGAGCGCAAAAAGAAGGAGCAGGUGCUAAAAAUGCGCGCUUAUCGCGCCGCAAUGACCCGCAUCCAGAUAAAGCGCAGCAGCGGCGAACUCGAUGACGAAUUACUCAAUCUAACGGUGCAAAUACUGCUGCGUAAUCCAGACGUGAGCACCCUGUGGAACAUACGACGCGAGUGUGUGCUGGCCAAGACGGCACAGUUGCAACAGGCAAUGCAAGCGCAAGAAAAAGCUCCAGCCCCAAAAGCAAGCGAGCAGACCGAAAAAGAAGAGGAAGAGAAAGAGCAAGAGCAAGCUAAAGAAGAAGGAGAUGGCGAUAAGAAGUCGGCAACUUAUUCGGAACAGUUGCAGACGGUUUAUGCCACCGAACUGGAUCUCACCGAGCAGUGCUUGAUGGUCAAUCCCAAGUCGUAUAAUAGCUGGCACCAUCGCUGCUGGACACUGGAGCAGAAUCCGGAGGCCAACUGGCAACGUGAGCUGCAAUUGUGCAACAAGUAUUUGAAAUUCGAUGAGCGUAAUUUUCACACCUGGGACUAUAGACGCUAUGUGAGCGCUAAGGCGGCGGUGCCUGCAGAGCAGGAGCUCGACUUUUGCACCGAGAAAAUCAAAGUGAAUUUCUCCAACUAUUCCAGCUGGCAUCAUCGCAGCCUGCUGCUGCCCAAACUCUAUCCCAACGAGCUGAAGGAGCGGCCCAUGAGUGAACAGAAGCUGAAACAGGAGCUCGAAAUGGUGUUAACGGCUGCGUUUACCGAUCCCAACGAUAGUAGCGCCUGGUUCUAUCAGCGCUGGCUCCUUGGCGGCGGCGUGCAGCGGGAGGAAUCCGCUGAAAUUGUUGCCUUUCGUUGCUGGCCCCACAAAGCGGAGCUGGCACUGAAGACAUCCUGUCCAGAGAUGGUACAGCUAAAAAUUCAUCUGAUCAGCGCGCAAAAUUCGCUGGAAUUGGACAACUGGUUGCCCAUGGACGCGAAUAAAACGCAAUGGGAAUGCGGCAGCAUCGACUUGCAUGCCAAUAGCAACUAUAUUUUAGAAUCAGAUGGACAACGACUGCCCCUCUCCGUACACCCCAAAGAUGAAAGCCUUUACUGCUUUGUGCCACCGCAUUCCAUUUCCACUAGUUGCAGCAAGGAGCUGCUGGCGGAGCUGCAAACACAAUUGAAAUCUUGCAUGGAUUUGUUGGACUAUGAGCCGGACAGCAAGUGGACGCUGCUGACGAGUGCGCUGCUCAUGCGAGCCAUCGAUGUGGACAAGUAUCAUGAGCAGAGUCUGGCGCAUUUGAUCAAAUUGGAGCAGGUCGAUGCACUGCGUCAGGGCUACUAUCAGGACUUGGCACAGCGCUGGAACAUGGAAAUUGCAUUGGCCAAGUGGCCGGAAACUAAACACUUUCCCCUAGUAUUUGAAAUGCCCGGCAAGAUGAAAAGGACUCCAUAUGUUCAGUAUCUAAUUGUUGCUGAUGCUAUCAUCGAGUGUGACUGAAUUUAAGGGCUCUCUCUGAUGUCAGCCGCAGUUUCUUUGGUUAUUGGUCAUCUCAUUUAGCACGCCAUCAUUCUAAGUGUCUAUUUAUUAACACCAAUUGCAGUGAUCGCUCGCAGAAUAUAAUCAAAUUCACAACUUGAAUUUCUUGUUUUUCAGAGAUGUGGCCUUUAUAAAGCUCAAAAAUUUUUGGUGCAGAGAUCUAAAUUACUUGCAAUGAUAAAUCCGUUUUGGAUAUCAUUUUCCAACAAUAUUAAUCAAAAUAUACAUUUAAGAGCUUAUCAUUACUGGUGAUUGGUGACUGGUAAUAAAUGCAGCGCAUAAACUAUUAUUUAUAUUUCAAGCAUUUCCUUAUUUUAUCGACGAUAACUUUAGUGUUACGGUUCUUUGUAUAUAUAUUUAAUAUAAUCACUGCUGAAUAAAUAUGUAAUCAAACAAAAUUUAGCAAUUGUUUUAACAUUAAUUGCCAAUCAAAUAAUUUUGUUUU